AUGCCAUGUGACAUGCUUCUCCCGGGGCCUAACCCAUUACCUCCCACCAUCAUGCUAUGUAACAUGUUUCUCCCGGGGCCUACCCCAUUACCUCCCACCAUCAUGCUAUGUGACAUGUUUAUCACGGGGCCUACCCCAUUACCUCCCACCAUCAUGCUAUGUGACAUGCUUCUUCUGGGCUCUACCCAGUUACCUCCCACCAUCAUGCUAUGUGACAUGUUUCUCCCAGGGUCUACCCAGUUACAUCCCACCAUCAUGCUAUGUGACAUGUUUCUCCCAGGGUCUACCCAGUUACCUCCCACCAUGAUGCUAUAUGACAUCCUUCUCCCUGGGUCUACCCAGUUACCUCCCACCAUCAUGCUAUGUGACAUGUUUUUCCCGGGGUUUACCCAGUUACCUCCCACCAUCAUGCUAUGUGACAUGUUUCUCCCAGGGUAUACCCAGUUACCUCCCACCAUCAUGCUAUGUGACAUCCUUCUCCCUGGGUCUACCCAGUUACAUCCCACCAUCAUGCUAUGUGACAUGUUUCUCCCGGGGUCUACCCAGUUACCUCCCACCAUCAUGCUAUGUGACAUGUUUCUCCCAGGGUCUACCCAGUUACCUCCCACCAUCAUGCUAUGUGACAUCCUUCUCCCUGGGUCUACCCAGUUACCUCCCAUCAUCAUGCUAGGUAACAUGUUUCUCCCAGGGUCUACCCAGUUACCUCCCACCAUGAUGCUAGGUAACAUGUUUCUCCGGGGGUGUACCCAGUUACAUCCCACCAUGAUGCUAGGUAACAUGUUUCUCCCGGGGUGUACCCAGUUACCUCCCACCAUGAUGCUAGGUAACAUGUUUCUCCCAGGGUGUACCCAGUUACCUCCCACCAUGAUGCUAGGUAACAUGUUUCUCCCCGGGGUCUACCCAGUUACCUCCCACCAUGAUGCUAGGUAA